AUGGUGCUCUCCAAACCCUUGCCAUAUGAUUGCAACAGACACAUCAUAAUGCACAUGGAACCUAAUUUGAGAAUCCUCUUGUCCCUCCGCUGCCCAUCGCUCCAAGCUGCCGAUAAAUCAGUACCAUUCAAAUGCCAAAAACUGGAAUUUAAGGAAAAUGAAACAACAAUUGAUGAAGUCGAUUACAAAGUUGGAAUUCAUAUUCAUAUGGCUAACAAAAAUCGGAUUACCGAACACAUUGCAAAUUUCAAUAGAAGUGGAGGUCUAAACUGUGACAUCGACAUGGUAGGAAGACGUGAUUGGUUGAAACUGAGAGAUUUGUAUCCUGGAGACGUUCAACUUCAACCUCUUCGAGAAGGACAGCGUGCUGAUGAUCCGAUUUUUGGAGAUCAUCAACCUUUUCUUCAGUUUACCGUUAAAUAUCAAAAUGAAGAGUAUAUUGAAAGAGUCGAAUAUACCAAGUCACUUAUUGAAGCAUAUAUUCACAUCAACAGUCUGCUUUUCGGUGGAAGAAGUGAACCAAUUCGAGUGAAACAUCUUCAGUUGAGAGCCGAUAUUUUGAGACUUCCAAAAGCUGUGAAAUUCCAUUCUAAAGAAGUGGACGCCAGAUUCACAACUGCUAAUGGCUUUGAGAAGCUUAAGGAGAUCAUGAAGGCUUCUAGUUUCCCACUCAAUCUCUGUGGAGUCGGGUAUAUGAGCAAUGAUUGGUCUACGUUUGAGCAUCCAGUGUUCCGAAGUGCUCGUUGCGUUUUUAUCAGAAACGAGGAGAACAAUCAGCCUGAACUUUUCCGACGUCUCUUGGAACUUCCCCACGAAAACAUUACAGUUCAAUCUCGUCUGUCUUGGAGAACCUUCCAGACGAUCACAGAAAAUUGGAGAAGAACUCAACGAAAAGUUGGAACAACUCUCAUCAUCAAACGCGUUCAUACGAAAGAUGUAGAGAACGUUCUCAAUCAAAUCCUUCAAGAGUGGCAGCAUCGUGAAAACAAGAAUGAAGACUUCAUCGUCCAUCUCUAUCAGGAUAAGAAGCUGCGAAUUUCAUCUGGAGACACUCAUGAAGAAUUGCCAAGAAACCCCAGAUUGUGGGACAAUUAUAGGAACUUCUUGAAGUUGGAAGUCAUCGAUGUUGAUAAUGAAUAG